UUUUGCAAUGUACCAUUGUCUUGUGUUUGUCUUAGUUUGCUGUUGUUGGCCGUUGCUGCGUUAUGAGAGCCGGCGCACACAAGACGGAAAUCGCUCCUUCUCCAACUGCCGCACCGGCACGACGUGGGCAGCUUCGUGCCGAACAUUCCGCCAGCCGGAAGGACCGCCGCGGCGGGGCGGGACUGACGCGACACCGGCCAGCGAUUGGCGGACCCAACGGAGAAAUUCCACCACUCAGGCGACGGCGGAGGAGGAUAAAAGGGCGCGCUUCCGGCCGUACGAGAGAGGAGAAUACCGUAGCGACAAGACGGACUCCGUGCAAGCGCGGACGAGAUCGCCGGGUGGUGAGUCCCACCUACGAAGGACGCCGGCCCGGGAAAGCCCUCGUCUCGGGAAUCCCGCCUCCGCCACGAGUAGGCUACACCGGCAGUCACGCCUCCACAAGCCCCGCACUCAUCCCCUCACAACCCACUCACUUCACCCUUGCACCAAUAAACCACCGUUUGUGAACGUUCUUCUGCCUCCUGUGGGUCUGUACGCCGCCCUUCCCCGGGCUAAUUCCUCACAAUGUUCUCUGCACUUGCAUCUGUCUUUGCCUCCAUUACCUGACAACAGUGUUGUAAUAUAAGGUUAGAUAACUACAGCAUAUCUGGGCAACUCUCUCUUUGACACACAUCACAAACUUUCUAGUUCAGGGAGAGUUGUUGUUGCUUUCACAAUGAGAACUGCAUAAUCCUUAUUUGCUCCUAGCUGUUGGAACACAGUGUCUCCUGUCAUCACAAACUCGCAGAGCUGCCAAAAAAGAGAACCUGUCCUAGAUUGUGUUCCAA